AUGUUGACUGGUGGAGGAGGUGGUGGUGGUGGUAAGGAAUCUCAACCCUCCACCUCAUCCUACAUAGAGUACUCACAACCUUGUCGUCAGUUUGAAUUUCGUGAGAUUCUUUUAGCAACCAAUAAUUUUGAUGAAUCAUUACGUGCUGUGGAUACGAGUCUUGAUGAAACUUUGGCAACAUGGGCUCAAGGUCGUAUCAAAGAAGGCAAUUUAAAGCAUAUAGUUGAUAUUAAUAUAAAGGAUCAAAUAUCCCCAAAAUGUUUGAAGGAGUUUGUUCGAAUUGCAGAGAGAUGUUUGCACAACAAUCCGAAGCAACGCCCUACCAUGGCUGAGGUUGUGGUUAGUCUUAAUUUUGUGUUGACAUUACAACACAAAACCAAUACUACCAGUAGAACAAUAUUUGGAAGAAUGCUUCAUAUGUUUCCCUUCCCCCCAAAGAGAGAAAAUUCUGCCAAAGUUGAUUCAAAUCUAUUAAAAAAUACCAAGGGAAACAGUGCAAAUGAUAUUGAUACUGCAGGGGAUGACAACAAGGAUUUCACGAUUCCUAUUCCAAGUUUAGGAGUAUCAAUGUUUUUUGAUUCGAAAUGGCAAGCAGAGUUGGCUAGGUUAGAGGGGCUUCAUACACUGAAAGGGCAUGUUGAAUCAGUGAUGAAGUUCAAAGGCCUUGAUAUUGAAACAAUGCAACAAUACUACACCAUUUAA